UUCUGCGCCGGAUCUGGGAGUGGGGCGGGCGCCAUUGUGCUUCUCUGCGGACUGCUUUGCCUCAGUUAGAGGCCUAGAACUCCGAGGAAGAAGGCGGUGGUGCGGUCGUUGUGAGAGGGACGCGCCCUGUUCAUUGCCAGCUCGGGAAGAGAGGAAACUUCAAGAAUGGAGUCUAAACCUUCAAGGAUUCCAAGAAGAAUUUCUGUUCAACCAUCCAGCUCUUUAAGUGCUAGGAUGAUGUCUGGAAGCAGAGGAAAUAGUUUAAAUGAUACCUAUCAUUCAAGAGACUCUUCAUUUAGACUGGAUUCUGAAUAUCAGUCUACAUCAGCAUCAGCAUCACCAUUUCAGUCUACUUGGUAUAGUGAAUCUGAGAUAACUCAGGGAGCACGCUCAAGAUCACAAAACCAGCAACGGGAUCAUGAUUCAAAAAGACCUAAACUUUCCUGUACAAACUGUACAUCUACCUCAGCUGGGAGAAAUAUUGGACAUGGUUUAAAUACUGUAUCAGAAUCUUCUUGGAGGCAUAAUCAAGUUCCUAGAUCUUCAUCAAUGGUACUUGGAUCAUUUGGGACUGACUUAAUGAGAGAGAGAAGAGAUUUAGAGAGAAGAACAGAUUCUUCCCUUAGUAGUCUUAUGGAUUAUAGCCAUCGAAGUGGUGAUUUUGCAACUUCAUCAUAUGUUCAAGACAGAGUUCCUUCUUCAUAUUCACAGGGAGCAAGACCAAAAGAUAACUCAGUGAGCACUUUACAGUUGAAUACAUCAUCUACAAACCACCAAACGCCUUCUGAACAUCAGACUGUACCAUGUUCUAGGGACUCUGGUAGAAAUUCUCUAAGAUCAAAUUUUUCUCCAAGAGAAUUGGAAUCUCCCCAACGCAGUACACAGCCUGGAUUUUCUUAUAUUUCAAAUAGAGAUGAAACCUCAACCAUAAGCAGUUCAGAUAGGGUUGGUUCAUCUCAAAGAUCAUUUCAAGAAUCUUCUGACAACGAAGGUAGACGUUCAACCAGAAGAUUGCUGUCACGUAUAGCUUCUAGUAUGUCAUCUACCUUUUUCCCCCGAAGGUCUAGUCAGGAUUCCUUGAAUGCAAGAUCAUUGAGUUCUGAAAAUUCUUAUGUUUCUCCAAGAAUCUUGACAGCUUCACAGUCUCGUAGCAAUGCAGUGUCAACUUCUGAUGUUCCUGAUAAUAGGGCAUCUGAAGCCUCUCAGGGAUUUCGAUUUCUUAGGCGAAGAUGGGGUUUGUCAUCUCUUAACCAAAAUCAUAGCUCUGAGCCUGAUUCAGAAAAUUUUAACCAAGAAUCCGAAGGUAGAAAUACAGGACCGUGGUUAUCGUCCUCACUUAGAAAUAGAUGCACACCUUUGUUCUCUCGAAGGAGACGCGAGGGACGAGAUGAAUCUUCAAGGAUACCUACCUCUGAUAUACCAUCUAGAUCUCAUCAUAUUUUUAGAAGAGAAUCAAGUGAAGUGGUUCACCUUGAAGCACAAAAUGAUCCUCUUGGGGCUACUGCCACCAGAUCACAAGCAUCUGCAGCAUCGAGUAGUUCUGCUACAGGAGGCUCCACGUCUGAUUCAGCUCACAGUGGAAGAAAUACAGGAAUAACAGGGAUCCUUCCUGGUUCCUUAUUUCGAUUCGCAGUCCCCCCAGCACUUGGAAAUAAUUUGACCGACAAUGUCAUGAUCACUGUAGAUAUUAUUCCUUCAGGCUGGAGUUCAUCUGAUGGGAAAAGUGAUAAAACUAAAAGUGCACCUUCAAGAGACCCAGAAAGACUGCAGAAAAUAAAAGAGAGCCUCCUUUUAGAGGAUUCUGAAGAAGAAGAAGGUGACUUAUGUAGAAUUUGUCAGAUGGCAGCUGCAUCAUCAUCUAACUUGCUGAUAGAGCCAUGCAAGUGCACGGGAAGUUUGCAGUAUGUUCACCAAGAUUGUAUGAAAAAGUGGUUACGGGCCAAAAUUAACUCUGGUUCUUCAUUAGAGGCUGUAACCACCUGUGAACUCUGUAAAGAGAAGUUGCAGCUUAACCUGGAGGAUUUUGAUAUUCAUGAACUACAUAGAGCUCAUGCAAAUGAACAAGCUGAGUAUGAGUUUAUCAGCUCUGGUCUCUACCUAGUUGUAUUAUUGCACUUGUGCGAACAAAGCUUUUCUGAUAUGAUGGGAAAUACAAAUGAACCAAGCACACGUGUCCGAUUUAUUAACCUUGCAAGAACUCUUCAGGCACAUAUGGAAGAUCUCGAAAGUCCUCAUGGACCUUUAAUAGGCAGCCAGCUCCGCCAGCAGCUUCAAUCUCUUAAGAUCACGUUCCAGCAUUAGGACUUCUGCCUGGGCUCCUAUGUGAAGGCACUUAAUGCCCAAAUCUUUACAGGCAUCUGCACAGCUUAACCUCAAAGUCCUACAACCUCCAGGGUGCUUCAUACCAGGUGGGCACAGAUAUUGGUGGCUCUGAAACAGUUAGUUCCUGGGAAUUCAAGAUUUCCCUACCUGUUAAUACUUUUUCACCCAAAGCAACUGGCUCUCCAUGAUCAGAUUCCAUUACACUCUUUGAAGUGUUUUAAAAUAUAUAUUCUCUACUACUUGGUUAUCUUCUGUACUCAUUUUCAAAACACUUGGAGUGUUACCUGUAGUGUGCAUGUUUUGUUUUUUGUUUUUUUUGUUUUCUGUUUUGUGUUUUUUACCUUUAGGGAAACCUCAGCAUCCUUUGAGGUAACGUUUGAGAAGGACUUGAAUAUUUUAAGACGUGGAGUUUUAAUUCCUUGAAUAUUCUAAGACAUGGGUUUUUGUCAUUAAAUCUGUACUAUAGAGGUAUAACCAGAUGCCUUUUCACAGUUUAGUGUAUGUGAACAUGGUAUAUAAAGGAGUCUGGUAUAUAAAGUGGGAAUUCAUUUGGUGUACAUCUUUAUUUUCUUUUAUACACACUUCUUUACAUCCCUUAUGUUAUCUAACACAAAGAUCUCUCUUAGCAAAUUAUAAUUUAUACUUUGCCAGAUGUGAUGGUCGUAAUUUGUUUCAGAUGGUAGUAAUAUUUUCCCCAGAUUGCUUUUUUGGUAACAUUCUCAUUUUGUAGUUUCCUAAACGUAGCAGUGUUUACUCCCAACAUGUGAGAAAGAUGGAGGUGAAAUAUACCUAGAUUCAGCUGAGAAUGAAAGCUGUCGUGGUGCUACAAGUUCACUAAGUACCAGAAUAUUAAUGUAUUCUAAAAGUUGGCUCUCACUGAAUUUUCUUCUCCUGUGGAGUUAAUUGAAUAGAAAACAUGAGAAGUUUCCUGAAAAACUUUUAUUUCUUAGUUUUUCUCCAUGAUAUAGCAUAAAAUUUAACCAUAGGAUUUAAUCAUCUGUGAACCAAGUAUAUGCUUGCUAUCAUUUACUAAAAAUGGAUUUAAGAUUUCUGUAAGAGAAAUUGAAACAUGAAAACUUAAGUUUCAUCCAUACAUAUAGUAUGUUUUUAUUGAUUCUGUUUGUUGAGUGCUCUUAAAUAUUGGGUCUAAUAUUAAUAAAAGAAGAGUAUACAUUUAGCCUUUCUGCCCUUGGUAAUAGGGGAAAUGCUGGUUGUGUAUUUUUUUAGUGAAUUCCAUUUUCCUCAACACAUAGAACAGUUUAUAGAAUCCAUAGUUUUAUACUUAUGUCCUUCCUAUAGGCAGUCUAGGGUGUUUAUUUUAAACUUCUGAGCUAAUACACUGACUCUUCAAUAAAUUGCAACUCAGAAAUGUUGCAAACAUGUUUCUGACAAUGUAGAGGCAUAGGAAUAAUCUCAACAAAAGUUUUUUCUAAAUCCAGUUGUUUUAACUUAGGCUGUGUCUAUAUAAAGCUUUUUGGACUUAAUAGAGCUUUUUCUUGGCAUUGUAUAGACAUAGCUUUGAUGAAAAUUGCAAGAAUACCCAUAACCUAUUCUGUGUACAUUUUUUUUCAUUCUCAUCGGAUGCAUCAAACAUGCAGCGGUAAUAAACCAGAUUCUACUCAGGUGUGUGAGAGCACUUGCCUUAAGUUCAUUUUUUCUCUAGUGUCUAUAUCAUUAGCUACUAUGAACCACAGGCUGAUCUCAGAAGCUUUUUAGAAGAGAUGUUCUUGAAGCACAUUUUUAAACAUCCUCAUUUUGAUAAAAACUAACAUAAAAAGAUGUGGGGGGUGGGAGCAUUAUGGAUGGGCAUCACCCACAGUCAAACCACCCCUAACCCUGUCAUAACUUAUCAUUUUGACCAAACAGUAUACUAAAUUGGGGUUUUUAUUUUACAAGUCAUUGCUGUUCUGGCUUCAUAUUUACACAUCCAUUCUCAUCCCCCUUAAAAUCAUUCUUGAUCAUCCUGUUUUCUUUCAACAGCUUCAGAGGAUGAUUCCGAAGAAGAUGGAGAGCCUAACAGAACAUUUGAUAUUGCCUAACUUCAUAUAAGACAAAUGGAUGAUCUGUGAACAAGUGUUUAUUAAAACUGGCAAUUACGUAUAAAUUAAUUUUGUGGGGAAUGCCUGUUGAAUACAUUGACUAUAUAGAUAUAGAUAUCUAUGUUGAUAUCUAUAUCUAUAAUUCUCCAGUAUUGCUGAAUUAAAAUUCUCCUGGACCUUUUAACAUGGCCAGUGAAUCUGAUGUUUAUAAACUGGUCAUCAAAAGUAUUUUUCUUUUAGGUGAGUGGGAAAUGUUAUCCUUGUUUUAAAUAUCUAAGUAAUGCUGAUGACCCUUUUUUGUGUUCUGAUUACUGUAGUCAUAUUUAUGAAAAAAAAAAGUUCAUGUUUUUAGUUUCUUGCUAGUGAAAAAAGUGGGAUAAAAUAUGCUUUUGAAAUAAAAUGGCACCUAAUUAUUUUUCCUUUCAAAAUGCCUUAAGUUGCAGUCUUAUUUUCAUCAUUUGCUUCCAGUGUUUAUAAAAAAAUAAUUGGGAAGUUAUGAAAGCAUUAUAUAUUAGGUUCCCAAAUUUAAUAUGAAUCCUAAAUUCACUUAGCAAUAAAAUCUUAUUUUUAAGAAGUAUAUAAAUAUAAAAUGUAUAAAUGAUGGAUAAAUUUUUGUAUCGAUUUGCAAAGUGCAGAUUAUAUUUGAUAGGCCAUAGUAUGUGAUAGUCCUUUAGGAGUAUUACAGCUGUAAAUUAUAUCAGAAUUGCCCAUCAAAUGCUAUUUGGAAAAAAAAAUUAUUGCAAUCUCAAGUUAAAAUAUUUUUAAAUCCCACAUUUAAAGUUUAAAACACUGGUUUUCAAUGUGUUUUUUUUAGUGUUGUCACUUCUUUAUAGAUAAAUAUUAUAUAAAUAACCUGUUUGGAUCCUGGUCGUUUUUAACUGUUCCUUGGUAAUUCUGAGCAUUUAUUUAAUGACUUAAUAUUUUUCACUACUUUUGGAGAACAGAUGAACAUCACCUAUUCACCAUGAAUAGAUCUACACCACGGUCAGGAGUUGUGUAUACUUUCGUAACACUGUAUAUUUCCUCUGUCAAUACCCUUAGGAUAUACUUUUAAACACCUUCAGGUCGUUUCAGAUUAUAAAUAAAGUCUUGUGUUAUGAUAACUAACUACAUUUUCAGAACCUAAAUAGAAACCAUGUAAUUUUUCAAAUGUGAAUCAACAGUUUGCCUACACUUAGUUUGUUGGUCUUAAUGUAAAACCUUGGCUGGAAAUAAAAUGCAUACUGAUUGAUUUA